GAUUCACCGCUGACGAGCACUGCACAUUCACCCUCCAGGUCCCGGGCAUUCUUCUAGCUGCAGCCGUGCUGGCUGAUGUAUCGGCAGUGUUAAGCAUGGUGUGCAACAGCAUCAUCAUGCGACAGGCCGUGAGCACGGGACUGCGCAUCAGCUUCCUCGGCAACCUGGUCCUUGCUAAGGGCAUAAUCCAAAACUUCUUUGUCCUGAUAGCCCUUGUGUUACUGUUCACUGUGGGCGUGCGCACCGGCAGUGGCUUCUGGCGAGGGCAGCAGCAACAACAUCUUUUCAACCAGUACGGCCAAGCUGACCACACAGCUUCGUCUGGGCUGCAGUAUAUGGACCCCUACCAGCGGCAGCAAUACGAGUACUACUUCAAUCAGCAUGGUCCGGCGGAAAUGUUUCACCAGCCGCAACCUCAAGAGCUGCAUGUGGGGUGGCAUAAUCAUUAUUUCACGCCAGCAGGAAGUCAUGAGCUUGAAAGUUCCAGUCGGUACGGUUUGGGUGAAGUACCACAACCUGUAAACCACAAAGAGGUUGUGGGGUGAAAGUGUUGGUGCACAAAACUUCCCGUAAUAGGAGGCUGACAAGAAACUCUAGACUCUUAGAUGUUAUGGAAAGCAGCUCGCUCAACACUGACCUGACAGUCCAUGACUUUUAUGAAACCACUGCACAUCGGAUUUUGUAUCAACUGACAGGGAAACCUGAAAGGUGGUUCGAGGGAAUCUACCUCGUCACGACAGUACUACUGGUUUGCGUGAACGAAUGUCGGGCGCACACAUCUCCCUCACGACGAGACUCGUCCACAUUUUGAAAAGUAGACAG